AUGUCUAAAUCUGGAACUAUCUCUUUAAAAAAAUCUGCAGAAGAAGGUCGCAGAAUUUUUAAAAACAAAAUUGAUGGAGUAAGAAUUGUAUUCGAAAAAUGGCAAUCUGAAAAUAUUCGUGUAUUAUUUAUUAAAGAUAAUAAAAUCAUCGAUGUUCCGAAUGGUUAUAAAUUUCGAUAUUCUUAUGGUGACAAAUAUGAAGAUACAGAAAAAGGUGCUAAUGUUAAUGGGAUCCCUUGUUAUAUGCUUUCGAAUGAUCUUUAUAACUAUAAAAUAUUUUACAAUGAUGUAGUUAUUUUUAAUUUCUAUAAUAUGAUGCAAUUUUCUAUUUGGAAAGAUAAAACUAUUUUUGGUUAUAAUC